AUGCACACCAUCCACCGGCUGUGUCGAGACUGCAUCGGGCAGAACCUGCCGCAGGUGAGCAUCGUUAGAGGAAAAGAUGGUUUUGGAUUCACGAUCUGCUCCGACUGUCCGGUCCGAGUCCAGGCUGUCGACCCUGGGGGUCCGGCUCAGCAGGCUGAUCUACAUCAGGGAGACUCCAUCCUGCAGCUGAACGGACUUCCUGUUGAAACCUGGAAGUGUGUCGACCUGGCACACACCAUCAGGAGCUGUCCCUCUCAGAUAGUCUUGGUGGUGUGGAGAGGUUUACCUGAGAUCAGGUCUGGAUGUGACGCUUUGCUCCGCCCACAAACACAGGCAACAGGCAGGAAGCUACUGCCUCACCCUGCCCACAGUAAACAUGGCCGCCACAGACGGGGUCAGGGGUCGGGGGUCAGGUCCAGUCUGGGGGCGCUGGGUUCUCUCUGGAGGGACCGGAAGGAGGAAGACCAGAACCUGGAGAACCUAGAGGACCAGAACCUGGAGGACUGUCGGCCCCCCACCACACUGAAGGGAACCAGAGUGACAUCAUCCAACGGAGACAAUUACAUCAUCCUGUCACCUGUCGACCCAGGAGGCCAGCUUCUUCAGCCGGUUUAUCACGACAGGAACGGAACGAUUGGUCGUCUGUACCAGACUCACCCCAGCAGGGGGCAGAACCUCCUCCAUGACUCUCGACCUGCAUCGUCACGGCAACUGUUCACCAGCCACGCCACCACCCUGACCCCGGCCCCUCCCUCUACCUCCACCUCACCAUCCCCACCCGGUAACUAUGGCAACUACCAGAACUGCACCAUCGUCCAAUCACAUCUGCCCUGCUCCGGCUAUGGAACCUACGUCACCCUGGCACCCAAGACCCUCAUCUUCCCCGUCUUCGUUCAGCCUCUGGACCUGUGCAGCCCGGACAGAACUCUGCUGCUGUCAGAGGAAAUGAUUCUACACCAGGCCGACCUGCUGCCAGCGAAGGUGACUGUGCUGAUCUACACUGACCUGCUGCUACUGACGAGAGAGGAUGAAGCCGGACACUGUAAUGUCCUACAGAGUCCUCUGUACCUGAACACACUGCAGCUGAGAGAGGUGGCGGUGGAGCCUCUUCAUCUCUACCUGCUGCAGAACUCUCACAGCUGCUGCCGAUGUCUCUUCAGCCUGGAAGCUUUCAGCAUGGAGCAGAAGCUCAGAGUCAGCCUCUGUCUCCAUGACAACAUCCAACAACAGCUGGUCGCCACGGAGACCGGACACAGCCAACAGCUCUCAGACCUCCCCUCAGACUUUGGCCUCCUCUCUCUCCGUCAGUCAGACCUCCUCUAUCGGACCUCCUCUCCUUACUCCUCCCUCUGUGACUCUCUCAGACCUCCCUCCCCCUCUACUUACUCCCCCAGCUCUCCUUUCUCUUCCUCUCCUGCUCCUCCCCCCUUCUCCUCCCUCCCCUCAAACACCUCCUCCUCUCCUCCUGCCAGGACCUUCACCUCCUUAUCCUCCCAGAGGAGCUGGAAGGAGAGAGGGGGGAGGGAGGAGGAGGAGGAGCGGCAACAGGGGGAGGGGGAGAGCGCUUCUGAAACAUCAGAGAGCAUAGGAGGGCGGGGCCUCCUGCUCAGCCCCGCCCCCUCCAUUAUGAAGGAGGAGGAGAGCGAUGAAGAGGAGGAGGAGGAGGAUGGAGGAGGUGUUUUCAGCUCCUCCUUCAGAGUAGCAGGAAGUCUGCGGCGCUCCCUGUCGGAGGGCUCUCUGCUGCAGGAGGCGCGCUCCUCUCGCUUCCUGUCUGACAGCACCAUCCACCGCCUCACCCGCCCCCCCUCCUUUCACCCCCACACAGGCCCCGCCCCCCGCCCCCCCUCCCCCCACACACUGAGGAAACAGCUGACCGGGGAAGGGGGGGAGGGGGGGUCGCUGCACCACAUGCUGCUGCUGCUCCACGGCCCCAAGAAUUCAGAGUCCAGAAACCUUCAACUGAAGAAGAAGACCAAGAUUCUGGCGGAAGACGUACGCAGCCGGCUGCCGUUUCUACAGCGCCGGAAGAACAGCAGCUGUUUCCACGGCAACAGUUUGGAGAAAGCUCUGAGAAACAACAGGCCGGGGGCGGCGGAGGUGCAGAGGUGGGCGGAGAGUCUGGAGGCUCUUCUGACCAAUCAGUAUGGUGUCGCGGUCUUCCGGCACUUCCUGAGGUCAGAGUUCAGCGAGGAGAACCUGGACUUCUGGUUGGCUGUGGAGAGAUUCAGGAGGACACGCCCCCUCGGCAAGAUGGCCGCCAGAGCUGCGAAAAUCUACGACGAGUUCAUCUCGACCACGGCGGCGAGACAGGUCAACGUGGACUCGUCCGUCAGAGAGCUGACCAAUCACAGCCUGCGUCUCUGCGUUAGCCCCGCCUCCUUCCAGAGGGCCCAGCAGCAGGUUUUUGGAUUGAUGGAGACGGACAGCUACCCUCGCUUCCUCAAGUCCCGCCUCUACGCUCAGCUGGCCAAUCAGAGCUCAGCCCCGGGCUCAGCCAAUCAGAGUGCAGCAGUACAGCAGCUGGCCAACCAGAACAUGUGACUUUCAGCCAAUCGUGAAUGAGGAGGAGGGCCAAUCAGA